AUGUCCUUGACCAACGCAUCUCCAGUGGACGCUGCUCAGGCGGCCAAGAGUGCAUCCCACAUUCUGGCUACCCUCCCGGCGUCUGCACGGAACGACGCCUUGACGGCGAUCCACUCGGGACUCACGGCGGCGCGGGACGAGAUCCUCGCCGCCAACGCCCGCGACCUCGAGCUCGCUCGCCAGGCCGCCUCCAACGGCGAGCUGAGCCAGAGCCUAGUCGCCCGCCUAGAUCUCAACAAGAAGGGCAAGUGGGAGGACAUGCUCAAGGGCAUACUCGAUGUUCGGGAUUUGGAAGAUCCAGUGGGCAAAGUCACGUUGCGGACAAAACUGGAUGACAACUUGGAUUUGGAACGAGUUACUUGCCCCAUUGGCGUCUUGUUAAUCAUCUUUGAGGCACGACCGGAAGUCAUUGCCAAUAUUGCCUCGCUAGCAGUCAAGUCUGGAAACGCAGCCAUUCUCAAAGGUGGAAAGGAAUCGACAGAAUCAUUCAUUGCCAUCUCCAAGGUCAUUUCUCAAGCUUUGGAGCAGACACAAGUGCCCAAUGGUGCCGUGCAGCUGGUCACGACGAGAGAUGUGAUCCCGCAGCUCCUUGGCUUGGACAGGUAUAUCGACCUGGUCAUUCCCAGGGGCGGCAACGAGUUGGUACGAUACAUCAAGUCAUCUACCAAGAUCCCGGUCCUGGGUCACGCCGAUGGACUGUGCUCCAUCUACCUGGAAGAGUCGGCAGACGCCAAGCUGGCAGCAGGCGUCCUUGUCGACUCCAAGACUACCUACCCUGCCGCCUGCAACAGCGUGGAGACUCUGCUGGUCCAGGAGUCUGCCCUAGCUACACUAUUGCCUGUCGCUGCCGAGGCACUCAUUGCCAAGGGUGUCACUCUUCAUUGCGACGACAAGAGCAAGGACGCGCUCACGAGCAAGCUCUCGGGGGCCGACAAGUUCAUUGUCGACGCGCAAGACGCCGACUACGACACCGAGUUCCUGUCGCUGGACCUGGCAGUCAAGACAGUCUCUGGCAUCGAGGAUGCCAUCAUCCACAUCAACACACACGGCUCCAAGCACACGGACGCUAUCCUGACGUCGUCGCAGGAGCUGGCAGAGCGCUUCAUGUCGGCCAUUGAUGCUGCGGGUGUCUACUGGAAUGCACCCACGCGCCUGGCCGACGGCAUGCGCUAUGGCUUUGGUACCGAAGUUGGCAUCAGUACCAAUAAGAUUCACUCGCGUGGCCCCGUCGGUCUCGAGGGUCUCAUGAUCUACAAGUACAAGAUUCGUGGUGCUGGACAGCUGACGGCUAAUUACGGCGAGGGUGAGGGGCAGAAGAGAUUCAAGCAUGAGAGACUGCCCUUGUAA